UUUGUUUUUGUUUUGUUGUAUUCAGUUCUACGUGGCUGCUGCGUGGGCUUCUCAAAGUUUAGCUCUAUUCGAGCGGAGACUGUGAUUUCAUGAGGAAAGCAGGCUCACAUUUGAUUUGAAUUCGACUUUCCCUCAUAUUUCACAAGCGGUAGGUGAUUUGUAUGCAUGUAAUUAAUAUUAGAAUUCAGACUUCAGUUCUACUGCAAUAACUAUGAGGUAACUGAUCACCUACGUGUUGCAAACGUGCAUAUGAAAAAGAGGAUUAUAUAGGGGAAGGGGGGAGAUUUGUUAGGUCUAUUUUAAUAAUAUGAACAGUAGCUUAAUACUAUUCGUCUGCCAUGUUACAGUCCUCUUUCCAGUUUAUUUUAAUUGUAUUAUUAUUUUUAUUUUUACACGACUGCUGGAGAUAGUAUUUUAUAACCUUGGUAACAAAAUAUGUUCCGCUGUAAGGUACAACUGCUCUUGUGUGUGUUUGGUAUUUGGUAUUUGACAGUCGAAGCAGAUUUAGAGAGUUUUAAACCUACUGCAGUAGCCACCCCUACACUUGUCUCUUUCUAGUCAUAGUUUGUAUAACCUUGGUUUAAUAUUUAGGAAAAAUAUUCUUGGGAGCAGUUAAAAAAUACUUUGAAAUGAAAAGCCUGGAACAUGAUUAUAGGAGACUCUGUGCUUCAGCUAUGUGGUAUAAUUAUCCUGUGCAGUUAGACUUCAUUUUAAGUUACUAAAACAACAACGUUGUGUAAAUAUCGGCAUUUGCACGCUUUCAUUACAGUAUCAAUUUGUAAAAUCAGCUUACUGUGCAAACAAGGGCCUGUUGAUAAGGGUUAGCGCUUAAUCAUUUGAUUACAUUGUCUAAUCCACAAUAAUAGAGCUGAUCCUAGCAACCAUGUCACAUGACUAAUCAAUACCCACUCUCUCAGCACUAACCCCUAAAACACACUCCCUGACUCCCGGUCCCUCAGCUCUAACCCAUGAACCACACGGUCUCCCCCACUCUCUCAGCUCUAACCCCUGAACCACACUGUCUCCCCCAAUCUCUCAGCUCUAACCCCUAAACCACGCUCCCUGCCUCCCAGUAACACAGCUCUAACCUCUGGAUCACACUGUCUCCCCCACUCUCUCAGCUCUAACCCUUAAAACACACUCCCUGCCUCCCAGUCCCUCAGCUCUAACCUCUAGACCACACUGCCUCCCAGUCUCUUGUGUGUUGGGGUGCCUCUGCUGUUUCCCAGGAUGCAGCGUUCCCGAGUGCUGUUCUCGGAGGCAGAGAUGUCACGGCGCUCCGAGGCGGAGGACAGGGAAGCGAAGCGGGUGGAGGCUAGGCUCCUCAGCAGACUGCACCGGCUGGACGGGGUGAGGCUCUACCACGUCAACACCAUGGCACGCGAGCAGAGGCGCAUUCAGAGGGACCUAAGCGGCAUGAGGCAGGGGAACUCUUGCCGCAGCUCUGGGGCAAUCUGCUCCGACUACGAGAGAGCACACCGUCCCCCAGGGGCACCCAAGAGGGCCUUCCUACCCACCAUCCCUGGUGGGGCUAGCAGCAAGCCCGAUGGACUCAGGUCUCAGAAACUCACGCCCUUGCGGGGUGGAGGACAGGCUAUCCCAGCAGGCCUCUCUCACACUCUCCAGGCACGAAUCAACAAGUUCAUCGGCAUGGGGCGAGGGAAGGGGGGUCCGGAGCCGGUCUCCAUGGCGACGGGAGUGGAGGGGUGGUGGUCCGAGGAUUCCGGCGGGGGGGUUAACCGCAGUCCUGCUCCGCGGCGCAGCAUCUCCCUCCCCCCCGUGUCCCCCCUGCUGGACCCCUCUCGCUUGGACCUGGACGCCCUGGCUCCCGAUGGCUCCCUCCGGACGCUGUACACCCUGCCCAGCUUCAGCGAGGCGCUGGCCGAGGCAGGCAAGGCUCGCUACAUCCGGCACCGAGGCAUCCCCGACAGCGAGAGGGAGCUCUCCAUCCAGGACAUAUUCAGCAGGGCUCCCAAGGAGACUCCACAGCAGCCGGAGCAGAGCUGAGGCAGGUCUCUAUGGAGGCUCUUGUCCACAGCAGCACAUUUUGACUUUAAAGAGCUUUUUAGUGUUGACACCUCAAACACAAAUGCAGCACAAAACUACGUGUGAAACAGUUGUAAACACUAUAAAAAUAGUAUAAAACAUGUCAUACUCAUA